UAUAAAUAUAAAUAUCAACUUCACGUCUUCGACUUCGACUUUUUUGCAGCAAAAAAAGAAAGUUGCGAUAAGAUGAGUCACGUGCUAUAGAUAAGCAGUCACGUGAAUUAUUAGUCAUAAUUACUAGCCGAUGACUCAGCAUGAACCAAGGACGAGCAACAAAAGCCAACAACUUGCUUUGUCCAGCGACAGCCAUUCAUUAUUCACUGGAAGAGAGAUAGUUACCAGCCUGCAUCGAUGUUGCGAUAGAAGUUCAUGAAGAUGGAUUGUGAAUAUCUUAGUAGCGUCGAAAAACCUGGCCCUGAGAAGUCAACAUCGACAUCAAUAGCAAUAUCCGUAUCCCCGUAAAAACAACCACAACAUUGCCUUCGCCGGCUGCUUGCAUGUAUCCUUGUCUUUCAGCUGCAGAAUCUAACCCAAGACAACAUGUCAACUGACUAUUCUUUUGCGUCCAGAACUGCUGCUGCCUGUCGCCUGCUCAAAAAUACUCCAAGGCGGAUCCCCUGCAGGAGCGGGCCGAGGCUAAGUCACAUGACAUAUCUAUAACCAAUACAUCUCCGAUUAUAUAAUAUGACCACGUGACUAAUCUUUCCUUCUUUUUCUUCUUUUUUCACCUUCAAAAAGACCAGAAAAAGACAUCAAAAAGACAUCAAAGGAACAUUCGGAGUAGAGUCAAGUGAAUCUCCAUCAUCUCUAGACUGGGAAUCACCUCCUGCAGGCCAGCGAAGAGCUUCUCCGUCCAAGUUACGAGUCAUCAGGCGCCGCCACAGCCAGAACUCCACCGCCCGGCAUCGAUCGCCAACGUCAUCCGGCGCUAGGAACUACCUUUCCCCAGCCUUUCUCUCGACCUUGCCGGGCUCCCUCGUCCUCGUCCUCGUCCUCUUCUUUUCUUCCUCUUCCUCCUCCUGUUUCAACUCUCUGCUAUCACCAACCAACCUCACAUCAAGUAGCAGAACAAACACCACCAUGAAGUUUCUUACCACCGGCCUUUUGGCCACCGCUGCCCUCGCAGCCGCCCAGGAGCAGCAGGUCCUGCAGGCAGAAGACGGCAUGGGACGGGCUCCCCUGCCAGACUCCUCCAUCUUCGACGAGACCCUCCAGAAGUUCCAGUCCAGCCUGGAGGAUGGCAUCUCCCACUUCUGGUCCGAGAUGAAGACCAACUUCAAGGACUACCUGCCUCUGAUCUCGCUGCCCAAGAAGCACACCCGCCGGCCUGACUCGGAAUGGGACCAUGUCGUCCGUGGAGCGGACAUCGAGAGCGUCUGGGUCCAGGGAGCCGAUGGCGAGAAGCGCCGCGAAAUCGACGGCAAGCUCCAUAACUACGACCUCCGAGUCAAGGCUGUCGACCCUUCUAAGCUGGGUGUCGACCCCGGCGUCAAGCAGUACAGCGGCUACCUCGACGACAACGAUGCUGACAAGCACUUGUUCUACUGGUUCUUUGAGUCUCGCAACGACCCCAAGAACGAUCCCGUCGUCCUCUGGCUCAACGGCGGCCCAGGCUGCUCUUCCUUGACCGGCCUGUUCCUCGAGCUAGGCCCGGCCACUAUCGACAAGAAUCUCAAGGUCGUCAGCAACCCUUACUCUUGGAACUCCAACGCUUCCGUCAUUUUCCUAGACCAGCCAGUCAACGUUGGCUUCUCCUACAGCGGCUCUUCCGUUUCCGACACCGUUGCUGCCGGAAAGGACGUCUACGCCCUUUUGACCCUGUUUUUCAAGCAGUUCCCCGAAUAUGCCACCCAGGACUUCCACAUCUCCGGUGAAUCCUAUGCCGGACACUACAUCCCAGUCUUUGCUGCUGAGAUUCUCUCCCACAAGAACACUAACAUCAACCUCAAGUCCGCCCUCAUCGGCAACGGACUGACCGACCCCUUGACCCAGUAUCCUCAGUACCGCCCUAUGGCCUGCGGCGAGGGAGGCUACCCUGCUGUUUUGGACCAAGGUACUUGCCGCUCCAUGGACAACUCGCUCGAGCGUUGUCUUUCCCUGAUCGAGACCUGCUACAGCUCCGAGUCCGCCUGGGUCUGUGUCCCCGCCGCCAUGUACUGCAACAGCGCCAUCCUCGCUCCUUACCAGCAGACCGGCAUGAACCCCUAUGACGUCCGCACCAAGUGUGAGGACAUGGCAUCUCUCUGCUACCCCCAGCUUAACGCCAUCACCGAGUGGCUCAACCAAAAGCCUGUCAUGCAGGCCCUUGGUGUCGAAGUUGAGUCCUACGAGAGCUGCAACAGCGGCAUUAACCGUGAUUUCCUCUUCCAUGGUGACUGGAUGAAGCCAUACCAUCGUCUCGUCCCCAGCGUGCUCGAGAAGAUCCCAGUUCUCAUCUACGCCGGUGAUGCCGACUUCAUCUGCAACUGGCUCGGCAACAAGGCCUGGACCGAGGCCCUUGAAUGGCCCGGCCACAAGAAGUUUGCUGAAACCAAGCUGGAAGACCUUAAGAUCGUGGACAACAAGAACAAGGGCAAGAAGAUCGGCCAGGUCAAGUCCAGCGGCAACUUCACUUUCAUGCGCAUCUUUGGCGCCGGCCACAUGGUGCCACUCAACCAGCCCGAGGCCAGUUUGGAGUUCCUCAACCGUUGGCUCAGAGGUGAAUGGCAUUAGACUGCCCGUUAUUUGGAUGCAUGAACACACACACACACACACACACAACCUCCACCCCGUACCUACUGGAGUUUCGGAUUUGCCAUAGUUUGAAUGUCUUUUGUACUUGUUUUGCUAUUGUUGCUGAUACAGUAUCGUGUGAUCGGUUUGUGAUUUUUGUCGGAAUUGGUUUAACACACCCAGGCUUUGUAUAGCCGACAAUAGAGCUCUACAGAAUGCCAGUGUCUUUGCUAGACAUAUAUACAGCUACAAAUAAUCUCCAGAAUCGUAGACGCUUGUAAAAGCAGUAAAAAGUCAGUGUCUUUUUAAGAAACGGGAUAAUCCCAUGUAUUAUCGCUCAUAUUUUUUGCAGUUUCAUACAUCAGACUAACGCCAGCCAUGGGCAGUAGUGGAGGGGAGGAAAUUGGCCCAAGGUGAGGAGAUAGUUUGAAGAAGCGACCGUUUCCCUUCAAGGCAGAAAAAUCUAGUUCUCCGCCGUUCAUGAGCGAGAAUGAUAUUCAUCGUUACAUUUCUCAUCUCAUAACUCACACCACCCGCUCGGCGCGCACGUACUUCAAAGAAAAAAAGAGAAUCGGCAAGAAAGACAAAAAAUGCAGAAUAUGGCAUCCCUUCCUCCCCUCCUCCUGAUCUCCCGACCAUGCAGUACGCC